AUGAGAGGGUGGAGAGCGUGGACGCAGGCUGCGCUAAUCGCGCUGGUGUUCCUGGGCUUCAGGCUCGUGUUCAAGCCAAGCCAGAACGCGGAAAUGCGCAGCGGGCCUUUCCCUCUGUGGAGGACACGCGUCCAGCGCGAGCCUAACGCAGAUGCCAGCCUCUCGAUCCCGCUGUUGGACAAGAUCAACAACUUUUGGCUGGUGGAUGGAGCCACGCAGAUCCGCAACUUCGGAAACAUUCGGCUGACCUCCCGGGGCCAGCUCGGCCAGUACGGCGUGGUGGUGUCGAACGGCGCAGGCGACAACGUCCUGGACGACUUCGAGACCGUGGUGUCGUUCAAGAUCCACAAUACCGGGGUGUCUAGCCAGUUCAUGGGCGACGGCAUGGUCGUCGCGAUCAGCCCAGAAAAGGACUACAUCCAGCAGAACAUGAUGUCGUCUUACGGGCGCUCGCAGUAUGAACACAAUUCUGGCGGUAUUAUAGGCAAUGACCGGGGUCUGAUGGGGCUUCCGCGUAACCUCCCUGGACUGGCGGUCGUCAUAGACACCUACAAGAAUGAUCCCAAGACGAGGUUGAAGCCCCCCUUUAUGUCUGUUCUCCUAAACAUGGACCCGCGCAAGCAUCACUACAGUGCUGCCACAGAUGGCACCGAAAGCACGGGACACAACUUGUGUCCCCUCAUCAAGCUGAAGCGCUCGCUGAUGUCUGGCAAAGACACGAAGCUCAGAAUUAUAUACCUGGAGAGCAUCGGGUUCCUCAAGGUCGACAUCAAGUACCCCGACAGUAACGAGUGGAUCGAGUUAUACCAACAGGACUCUAAUCUGUACCUGCCCAAAAAUAGAGUCACAGGGCAGAGGUACAUUGCCAUUGGUGCCCUCACCGGUCAAGCCACUCAAACCGUCGAGAUUCAGGGCGUCGAAACAUCUGAGUUCCACUGGGAUGAGCAUGAAGAGGAGGGCUUUGACUACGCCAAAGAGAUGCAAUAUUUCCUCGCGCAAGAGUACGGCGAGCGGGUAAAAAUAGGAGAGGAUGACUACGGUAAGUGGCUGCAGGUCAAGCGCCAGGGUGGGACGGACCAAGACCCAGUUGCGCGCAACAAGAGCAAGCAUUCCACGCUUUAUUAUAUGGCGAAGAUCUCUUUUGUAAUGUUUUUUCUCUAUGGGCUUUCACUUUCAAUCAGAAUCAGCAUCAAGAGGGCAGUGAGACUGAGGAGAAAGAAAAGCCAGGCCAGCAUUUUGGGCUGA